GUAGUCCAACAUUUAACCGGUUCCACGGAGCAUACAUCAAUGAAACGUAAUGUGGACUACACUACCCUUUAACCCAGUACAUUAGUUUCCGGUCCGAAGGUCCGGGUGCUGGUUUACAAAGCAGAAGUCACUCGGAAGGGAUUUGCUAGGUCUGUGCCAACAACUGUAGCCAUGGCAAUUCUAUUUGCCGUGGUGGCUCGUGGAACAACCAUCCUAGCCAAGCAUGCAUGGUGUGGCGGCAACUUCCUCGAAGUAACUGAGCAAAUCUUAGCCAAAAUUCCCUCUGAGAAUAACAAGUUGACAUACAGCCAUGGCAGCUAUCUUUUUCAUUACAUCUGCCAUGACAGAAUCAUAUACCUGUGUAUCACAGAUGAUGAUUUUGAAAGGUCUCGUGCAUUCAGCUUCCUCAGUGAGAUCAAGCGGCGCUUCCAGACCACAUAUGGCUCACGAGCACAAACAGCCCUGCCGUACGCCAUGAACAGCGAGUUCUCAUCGACGCUGGCUGCUCAGAUGAAACACCACUCGGAUCCCCGGGGAUCAGAUCGGCUUACUGAAACACAGAUGCAAGUGGAUGACCUGAAGGGCAUUAUGGUCCGCAACAUAGAUCUGGUUGCUCAGAGGGGGGAGAAAUUGGAGUUGUUGAUUGACAAGACAGAAAAUCUGGUUGAUUCUUCUGUCACGUUUAAGACCACAAGUCGGAAUCUUGCCAGGGCCAUGUGUAUGAAAAACCUCAAGUUGACCUUAGUUGUUGCGCUGGUGUGCCUGGUGGUCAUUUACAUUAUUGUCUCUGCGUCCUGUGGUGGCCUCUCCUGGCCCUCUUGUGUCAAAUGAAGAGACCAUGGGCUCAUGUGGAAAAGGAGAUGAACCUUUUCAACCUGUGGUUGCCAAUGGACAGACGCUAUCCUUGCUUUACUUCUUUAGUUUGCCUGAAAGACACUUGCUCCCACUGCUGCUGCUUUGAUAGCGUACACUUGCCUUCAGGAGCGGAGGUCCACCCCCCACCACCAGAUCAUAACCUCCAAAAUGGACAGCAGCAACAUGGCCAACAACUGAUGUGGCAAAGUAAUACCAUCUUAAACCAUUUUGUCUGUCUAAUUUGUAGCACUUUCAUACUGUAUCUAUGUUUUCCAUCCGUUCAAACUGAAAACAAAACAUACCAACAGCUGAUUUACAUGUUUGUUCCUUAAUGUGGACUGAAGAACCUUGACAUAUGAAAACUACAAGCUUUAGUUAUGUUGAGAAGAUUUACCAGACACGGUCCUUUUACCCAAUACUCAUGUUGGACAAAAUACAUGUAACAAGUAACCUAGGAAACAAACAGAUGUUGUAAACCUUUGUGUGUUUUCUUACUAAUCACAUAGUGUAUCAUGCAGUAAAUGCUGAAAGUCAGAUAAUAAACAAUAUAUAUUGUACCUCUGAAUGAUUACGUAUGUAAAAUUAAAUACCUGGCAUGUUACUGAUGAUUGUUGAUUACCAAUUCAAAAUGUGAUUUUUGUUCAGCAUAAUGCUAAGGUCUCUCAUAAUGCACCUUUUUGUCUUUUACUUCGAGUGUAGGCUUUGUAUUCAUAUUGUUCAUAAUCACGCAAGUAUAAAAUGACUAUAAAUUCUGUACAUUCUGAUUUGAAAUAAAAACCUGAUAUGUCUAAUA